GUUUUGUUUAAUUAUUGAUACUUGAUACAACGCGCGAAUUUUUUUCGUAUUUCUUAAAAAAUUUCGAGUGAUCUUUUUCGAUCUAAAAAAAAAUUUAUUCUAUUUUAAAUAACAUCGAAAUAUUUAUUUUACUCAUAAUACCUACAUAAAUCCACGUAUGAAACAUGAAUUCUCACAUCUUAUAGGAGUAUUACAAUUUUCUUCCCCUUUAUCUUCUGAUUAGAAACAACACAGCCAGUUCCCUCGCGGUCUGUAUGUGUGGGUGUAGAAAUUGCUUUAUUGUAAGGGCGUCGCGACGUCUGGCGUCAUUCAGACGGCUGUGUGAAGCGUGGAAAUGCUCUUUAAAAGACCGACGGCCGGCGUCUUGUACUGUACCGCUCGAUAAUAUUUUGUUUACGCUUCAAUGUGAACUCGACAAUAAAGCUACUUGCGGAAUUAUUUGCAAUGCUAUGUGAACAAUCAAACAUCGCUAAUACAUUGGAUUCUUUUAAAAAAUUUCCAUUUUUGCCGAUCAUAUUUCAGAAUCACGAUUUACCAUCGAUUGAACCUACAUUUAAAAAUCAAUCAGUCUUCAUAUUUCAACACUUUGCAACUCAUAAAUGGUAGAAGUAUUUUUUUCUUUUAUUUUCCGUCUAUAACCAGCAGCGUUCGAUACAUCCAAUUAUCAAUCAAAAGACCUGUCACGAUCUCAGAGAUGACUAUUAAAAGAUCGUGGAAUUUUUCUUGGUUUAAAAUUGCGAACAAGUUACUGAAUCUACAAAUAAACCUUUUUUUUUUUUUUUUUUUUUUUUUAUUGAUCUAUCACUAACAAUAAAUUAUUACAUAUAAUUUCUGUACACUAUAAAUGAAUUAUCAAAUAUUAAUAAAUUACGAUUGUAAUAAUUUCCUGAUAAAAUUAUGUUACGUAAAAUGAUAUAAUUAGAGGUAUCAUUACUAAAUUAUGAUAGGUACUACUUGCCCAUUUGCCCUGACUCGUCCGUAAUUAAUUGGUCUCAAAGGAGAAGAUCGUACAAAGAGAAACACCCGGUAGAUGGAUGAAACACAACACGCAGAGAGCUCGCUCUGGUAACGUAUCCAGUAUUUGACCUAAUGACACGAUCCCGUGACGUCAGGAAGGAAAGGUAGGUCGGCUGAGAAACUCUAAGGAGGUGAGGCGGUCAAAGGCGGCCAAAGACUGACCUAUCCUAGUCACGUAAAUCGCCUUAGCACACUGUGCUGUCAUAAAACGAAAGCAAGUUUAGGCUGGUCUUCUCUUUUUUUUUUUUUAUUUCUUUUGAAAGAGCGAAGACCUUGACCGAACUUUUUUUUUGCAUCCAAAUUCGUCCUCGAUUACUAUGAUAGAAGUUAAGGAUACGUAUACUUACACAUACAUAUGUACGUACUACAUGUAUGUAAGAUUGAAGAAGAUCGGAAUAAUUUAUAAAAGAUUUAAUCUCGAUUGAUAAUCAUGUAUAACAAACUUCAUACAGUCGAUCACAAUCCUUUGUCUAAAUUCCGAGCCGAGGCCGUUUCGUACGUCAUUUACCCGAACUUUUUUUUUUUACCUCUUUACCGAAAUACUUUUUAUAUUCAAAGUUUAUCCGCGAAAGAGCGAAGGAUAUGAAAAAUCGUCGUAGUAUCAUCGGAGUAAACUCCUUUAUCUAAGGUUCCACCGACGCAGUCCUCAACGUGUCACCGUUCACGGCCAUUCUAUGUUUCGGCUAGUCGAUCGACCUCUCAGUUUCAGGCAGCGCGCCAACGAGUGGAUAUAUAAGAUGUUAUUCCUCUGGUCGAAGGAACCGGCGGCAGAUCCUAGGACCAGUCCAUGGUUCGCUUGGUUCGCUACCGCGGUAAUACUCUGGCGUUGCAGAAGACGAAUUACAAAAGCUAUUUUGGCAGUAUCACCGUUUAGACUGUUAAAAAGACGGAUGUUGGUUGCGUUACUGAAAGGAAAAACUUCGUCAGUGGUAAUGAAGCCAAUGAGGACAACAACGAUGACGAAUAUGGCGACGGCAACGACGACAGCGACGGCGACAACGAUGACGACAACCAAAAUGAAACAGCAACACGGUAUUUUGUUAGGUCACUAUUGUAAUCGGCAGCUACAACAGCUACAAGAACACAAUUGCAAGACUACAACCGGUAUCAAGACUCGGGUAAAACGAUUGUGUACAGGCGAUGGUCCAUACGUCUCGCCAUCCUCGUCCUCGACCCAAACGAAUCAUCAGAUCAAUUAUAGAGUAACCAGAAGCGGCAGAAUUUAUGGGAAAUAUCAUAACAGAAUUGUUUCGACGGAACUUCGAUGAUCAGAACGAUCAUUGAUCAUUUUCUUGUUCGUUCGUUUACUUUCUUCCUCAUCGUAGUUUCUCCUUAACGUGCUAAUCGUCAACAUAUAUGUGUACAUAUAAAGCGUAUCACUAUUCUCUUAAGCUUGUGUAAUCCUUUGUUUGAAACUAUAAGAAUUGCUAAACACCGAUUAUGAAUAUAA